UUCUCACGGAGGUGUAAUUUGAAUACGCGUUCAAAAACGCUAUUUGACGCAGCACAACAGGUGAUUCCCGGCGGUGUGAAUAGUCCUGCAAGGGCAUUUGGCCCCGUAGGUGGUGAUCCCCUAUUUAUAGUGAAAGGAGAGGGAGCGCGAAUUGUCGAUGCCGAUGGAAAAUCUUAUAUCGACUUUGUAGGUUCUUGGGGGCCGCUUAUUUUGGGCCAUGCACAUCCAGAAAUUGUCGCGGCUGUCAAUGCAGUGGUAGCGGAGGGGACCAGUUUUGGUGCGCCAACUGAAAUCGAAGUGAAGAUGGCCCAAUUGGUUACUGAAAUAGUGCCGAGUGUGGAAAUGGUGCGGAUGGUAAAUUCGGGCACCGAAGCCACGAUGUCGGCUAUUCGGCUGGCUCGCGGACACACGGGGCGAGACAAAAUUGUCAAAUUUGAGGGAUGCUGGCACGGGCAUGCCGAUAGUUUUUUGAUUCAGGCGGGGUCUUCGGCACUCACGAUGGGCGCGCCGAGCAGCCCGGGGGUUACACCUGGAACUGCGGCAGAUUCGAUUACGGUGCCGUUUAAUGAUCUGGAAGCUGUGGAAAAAGCCGUUGUGGAAAAUCGGGAUAAAAUCGCUGCUGUUAUUGUCGAACCCGUAGCUGGAAAUAUGGGGGUGAUUCCGCCAGCGCCGGAUUUUUUGCAGGGCUUGCGAGAUGUAACGGCAGAAAUGGGUAUUGUGCUGAUCUUUGACGAGGUCAUCACCGGGUUCCGCGUCAGCCCAGGUGGGGCGCAGGAGCUUUAUGGCGUCACGCCCGAUUUGACGACUUUGGGAAAGAUUAUUGGCGGUGGGCUGCCCGUUGGUGCUUUUGGUGGCAAGCGAGAGAUUAUGUCUGAUAUAUCACCCUUGGGCAAAAUGGUGUCACAGGCCGGCACGUUGUCGGGCAAUCCCCUGGCUAUGACAGCGGGAUAUGAGACACUUAAACGAUUGCAAGUGCCGGGGGUGUAUGACGCAUUGGAGGCAAAAGCCCAGGCUUUGGAGACAGGUAUUCUGGAAAACCUAAAAGCUUUGGGGUUGAAAUAUCAGGCCAACCGGGUAGGUUCGAUUAUGACCUUGUUUUUCACGGAAGCGCCUGUGACAUCAUUUGAGGCUGCCAAUGCGUGUGAUCAAGACUUGUUCGCCCGGUAUUUUCGGGAGAUGGUCAAUCGAGGUAUUUAUCUGGCCCCGUCACAGUUUGAGGCUGCGUUUGUUUCCCUGGCUCAUUCUGACGCGGAUAUUGACGCGACUAUAAAGGCAAAUUACGAAGCCCUAAAAGCAUGUAUAAACUAA